AUGGCGAAUAAUAUUUGGCGACUGAUAUUUACAUCGCGCCUUUCUUUUUCUGUAUAUAGCAGCCUUUUGCUUUGAAGGUAGACAUCAAUUCCUGUCACUGGUAAGUUCAUGACUGAAAUGUGUAAACUGAGACUUCAUUAAUGUCAACGGACAACUCUUGCGGUUAGAAAUACAACAAUAGUAAGAUCAAGGAGAGAGAUCGGAAAUCCUUCAGAUUACGUACAGUUGAAGCUAGCAUUUGCACUUAUCUUACAGUUAUUCACCAUGUAUUCUGAGUGGGUUUCUCUUCGAAGCACGCUAGAACGUGAUCGUAGCAACAGGAGUGUUCUGCAAAAUUUUCCUCCCAACGUUGGAAGCGAAGUCGUCCACACGGUGAUAAAAACUCUUAGUCAACAAGGGAUUCACGAUUAUAUGACCCUGAAUACUGAUAAAGAGGUCGAGUGGGUUAUGGAAGUGUUAUGCUACGGGCUUAUGCUUCAAAUGACGGAAAGCGAUGGCGAAAUUGUAAAGGGUUGUGUCAACAUUUACUUAGACUGGCUGUCGAUACUCACAAAUCCUAAGAAAGGCAUUCCAGAACCGUUGCUGAAAGCGCCAGAUAAGUACGCAAGAGAGAUCUUUCAGCACUUUCGUAACCUUUUCGUUCGGCGAGAAGGAGGUAAUCUGGCGUUACAAGCUUCGUUAUGUAUCAAAGUGCUGCAAACGAUUCAAGUCAUGGCUCCAGAAGCAAGAAUGUCACCUUUGACAUGGGAGGUCUUGCUCAAGUUCUUGAUGAUAAUUAAUGACAUGCUCUUGUCACCACCAAACACAGCUGGAGGUCUUGCAGAACAUUUGUGUGAGAAGUUGAUCAGUGUUUUGCUUGAGGUGUGGUUGUGUGCCAGCUGUCAUCAUUUCCCAUCGCCGUCAAUGUGGAAGACUUUGCAUGAGCUUUGCACAUCAUGGCGGCAUCAUAGUGCAAUGAUCAACCAUUGGAGUAGAACAGCACUUGCUCUCACUAGAAGAGUCAUACAGUAUAUGUAUGGUCCAAACUUCCCCCUUCCUGCUCUACCCUCCAGGAAGAGUGAUAUCCAACUGCCAGUCAAUUUAGGCGAUGAAUGCCUCAUUCAAUGCUGGUUCCGGAUACUUCACAUAAUUGGUAACCCUGUGGAUCUUUGCAAGAAAGAGAUAAUCAGUGAUACUCCCAGAUUCAAGGAAUUUGCUUUGUCAAGUGAAGAAGUGAUUACACCUUCCUCUCAUCUCUGUUUGAAAGCACUUCCACAGAACUUCUUACAAGCAAUGAAAGGAGUUGCAGUCCUUAUAAAUGCUUUUCUUACCAUCACCACAACACAGGAUGAACCAGUGAAACACAUACCAAUCCCAGCUCCCACAAAAACUGCAACUCCACCAACUUCCAAGAAACGCGAACAGAAAACCUUAAGCAUUGGUGGGGCGUUAGGUUUGAAUGAUGCCACUGGGUUGGCAUCAAGAUCUCAAACCCUGCCCUCGAGACCAAGCAGUGGCACAUCAUCCAGUGGUCAGCUGCAUCUAGAGACCUUCCACUCUGAGUUAGCGAGUAUUCCAUCAUCCUCCUCACUAUUAUUCUCCGCGUCAUCCAAAUCUGAUGCUCACAAACCAUCAGGAGACAGUGUGCUCCACUUGUUUGGAGCAUGGCUCUUUGAGGCUAUAUUUGCCAAGCUGGACAUGGCAGCAAAUUUUAAGGCUCUUGGAAAGAUAUAUGAUGGGUUUGUUACCAAUUCUGGUCAAGCUGAUGCAGCAGGAGGAAUCAAAACAGGUGUUGAGAUGGGUGGCCAGGCUAUGGACAGCAGAUAUGAACCAGGCAGAGCUGAAGCUUAUGGUGCCCUGUGCCGUAUCUUUUGUAGCCAUUGCUCUGGUCAGGAAGUUCGCCCUGUCUAUCUUUCCAGGUUUUAUUUAGCUUUGGCCAUUGGGUUGUUAUAUUCAGAGUCCUGCACUGGUCAUGUGCUCUGUAGCAUAUUACUGAACUCAGCUGAUCUGUUGAGAGUGGACCUACAGGGAGUCCAGGUGUUGUUACCACACCUUAUUACGGCACUAGAAACUGUACUGCCCAGAAAUGACAUCCAAAUCAGGUGUACUGUGUCUACCACUGAACUUCGUAGAGCUGCCAUCCAGCUCUUGUUAUCCAUGCUUUGCUUACCGCUGCAUUUUCAGGAUCUUGACAUAAAAGACAUGACAGCAGGAUGGAGAAGGAAGCAUGCCGCUGGGAAGGAUGGGAAGGAUGAACACCAGUCUGUGACAUUCAUCUCCUUGAAGCCUAGGCUCAUCCGACUGUUGUUGGAAGCUCUUCAGUGUGAAACUGACUCAUUUAAUGUUCAUAUUCUUUUGGGAGGAAUGUCUCUGCUGAUUCAAGACAGUGAGACUGCUGAAUCCCUUGGGAUUUCCUCCUCUCCUGAGGUAGAAUCUGUAAGUCAUGGAGUGGAAAAGCCACAGGCUUCCGAGGACAACAGGCGUCGCGCAAGCACUGGAAGUAGCUCAGUGUCUGACACAGGAAGCACCAGUGAAGCAGACGGUGGCAGUAGGAUUCAGUACAAAUCUUAUGAUCUUUCAACUAUUCAAGGUCUGUUUGUACAGUUGACGCACCUUCUAUGUAACAAGCUGGUUGUGAUCCGAAGCAGCCGUUGGAAAACUGACGUUCACAUCACUUUGGCUGCCUUUGAGCUGCUGUCUGGCUUGGCACAGCUCAGUAUGGGUCACCUGGAUCAAGCUGAGUGUAAGAGUACAAUCCAUUGGCUGUGCGAUUACAUCACUUACCAAGCCAAUAAGAAGGCAAUACACCACUCACGUGAUCUUCACUCCAUGAUCGUGGCUGCUUUCAGCUGCCUUCAAUCCUGGAUAAUGUCACAUCCAUGGCUCUUGGACAGCCAGGGUUGCUUGCAUGUCGUUAUGGAAGUAGUUGAGUUGGGAAUUUCAGGAAGCAAGUCGAACGAAAUUUCAAGAGACCCACAGUUGGGAACAGACGCGGUUCCCCGUCUGAAAGGUGAUAAAGAAUUAAAACCAGUUUCAUUCCGUGUAAGAGAAGCUGCUGAAGGAAUGCUAACAGUCAUCAUGGAACACUUGGGCGCGUUUCCAUCCCCUUGUGGUCCAGCGGCGUUAUCUUCUCUGCUGGACGAGGAAUGGGUGUUGAACCACGUUCAGUCGAACGAUUCAUCAAGAAAGACCCGUCGCAAGUUCCAGUACUAUGUGAUACAGGACAGUUGCAUGAUCAUGGGAUUACUGGAAGAAUCUUUGAAAGAGAAAGACCCGUUACCGACUUUGUCAUCAGUUGUACGCGGCCCGGCUGGUCGAUAUGUCUGGACGAUGCAGCUGCGACAGUUCUCUAGGGAGAAAAAUGACCUUAUAGAGGCCCACUUGAAGGACCCAGGCCGUCCGUCGCCAGACAAAACCCAGCCUCGCUCGCCUCUGAACAUGAAACACAGGUUCUUUCCUGAGGCUGUGGAUGGAGUACCUCUCACUAAAGCAGACCGCAGUAUACCAGAACUCGACGAAAUUCUGGAUGCGAAGUUAAGCGAAGUUCAAGAUCAUAUGCGGACACUAAUGCAGAAACAGCUGGAACAUGAAACCGUUGCACAGGCGAAACUAGACGAGGAAGAGGCCCGUGUAAAGUUUCCCAACGAAGAGACAGAAAUCAAACCGCCCCGGCCGUGCCAGGAUUUUAGUCCGUCUCGGUUGUUGUUAUCUCACUUUGGAUUGCUUACCAUCGAGGGACUGAAGGGAAAUCCUAUCCGUCCAUUUGAGGAGGCGAGUCUGUUAGCACUGAACUCCACGUCAGAGGGACUUUCUAAAGCUCUGAAUGAACUGGACCAGGUAUCCACACGCACACAGGACACUGUAUUGGUGUUCUACGUGAAAGCUGAGCAGGGAUAUGCCCACGAUAUAAUAGACAACCAGAUUAACACCUGUAAGCACUCAAAAGCGUUUAAAGAGUUUUUGCUCUCUCUUGGGUGGCCUGUUGAUGUUGCCACGCACCCAGGAUGGUCAGGAAACAUCCAAGAGGCUUGGAACCGAAACAGAAAUGAUGACGACACUCUCACGCUGCGCCAGCGUGAUAGUCCACUCCAGUCCUCUCAGAGCGUCUCGACUCUCACGGGCAGCGAAGAACGAGACAUAUCUGGUUACAGUGGCGUGAGACACACAUCGUUUCGCGAGAGUUUCGAUAGCGAAGUAUCUGGUGAUGGAAAAGAUUCUUCAAUAAUGCAUUCUACAGCUGCUGGUGUGCCUUUGGAAAAGAAGGCCGACGAAAUUUUUUAUUUUGCAGACGUGAGCUGUGAGGUAGCGUUCAUUAUGCCUUCUUUGUUACCAAGCUAUCAGCAUUUCCGCCACAUGGCUUCACAUGCUGGGAGUUGGGAAGACCUCGGAUUUACACAGAGAAAAAGGACUCGGUCGGGCAGCACGGGGAGCCUGGAUACUAACAGCAGUGGUGGUGGAAGUCAGUUCGAUGUCAGAAGCAGACUUUCUCGGAAAGCGUCGGAAGGGCCUGGAUACGAGUUUCAACAUCGGACAAUGUCAACACUCGGGCAUUCUUUGUCCUUAGACAAUCGACCGCUGUCCAGAUUAAGCACUCAUAACACCUCAUCGGAGACAAACGUACUGGUGGCGUGGCUGGAGCGAUUCGAGGACCAUGCGCAGUUCCCCGUAGAUGAUCUGUUAAUGGAGUUUGACAUCUGUUGCAGUGAUUCAACCCGAAGUUUGUUCGAUAAAGAAACUGUAGUUAUCUUCAUUUACUAUCUCAGGAGCGGUCUGUACCGGAUCCAUAUCAGGUCCACCAUCAGGUCUCCAAUUGGCGGACCACUCGUCGACGGUAUGGUGGUCAGCCGCCGAGUCCUGGGUAUCAUGGUGCGACAGACCGCUCUCAACAUUCGCCGACGGCGCAGGCUGGAGAUUGAUACGUAUUCCCCUCCUCAGGUUUGCCGUAAACUGAAGAUUCAAGAUAUAGUCAAGAAAUUCCGUCAUCAAUAUUCGGUUCCUGAUUUUUAUGUAUCACUGUUUCGUAACGAAAAUAACUAGUUAUGGCCCAUGUUCGAGAAAUUCAUCCGAGAUUGCAUUGGUUUUGCUUUACUUCGCUGGGUGAUUGGUCCAAAAUAAACAUGCGCCACCCUCUCAACCAAUCAGAUGCAAGAUUAAAACCAAUCACAACUUGCUCGCCCGCGUUUUGCAGCGUUUUCUCGCGCUUGGGCUGUUAGUUGUUUAUACUCUGAGUUUUCAUUUGCUCUUUUAAGGUAUUUUCUUUUCUUUUGAUUCGAAAGGCGCUUUACCAGCAUCCUGUAAGUAAAUUGAAACCAACCUGAAGAGCUUUUCCCCUUAUAUCCAAACGGACUGUUUUUAUGGGUUAAUGAAACAGAAAUUUGGAGUGAGAAUGAGUGGUCCUAUCAGCGCAAACAUUUUACUUUGAUUUAACUGGUUUGUAUUGAUUCCUCGCCUCCUUCAGCCCCACAGCCUCCAAUUCCAAACCUCUGCGACCAACAAAAAUACUGUAAGAAGAUAAAAGUACGAGAUAUCCAGGUUAAAUAUAUGAGUUGACCCUUGGCCUCAAGUAGGCGGCCAAGUUUUAUUACCAACAAUGCUCAGUUAAAUUAAUAAGCCCGCGUUCAUACUAGUUACCGAAGAGCGUUUUCAAGAUUUUCCAAAAAUACGUUUAUUUUGAUAGUUGAGCGCUUCAAAAGACGUCAGCAGUACUAACUUUGACUUGAUAGCAAAAAUUAUGGUAUGUAGAUUAUAAGAGGGGUGCAUUGGGGCCUCUGGGAAACCGCAAAACCGGAGAAAAAAACCUCCAAAAGCGAAAAACCGACGAAAAAAGGCAGCUAAACCGAAAACCGCAUGCAAACCUGACAAAACCGCUACAUUUUCACCUUUGAAGGGGUCAAAGAGGAAAAUCGAAAACCGCGUCAGAGUCUUCGUGAAAACCGAAUGCAAAAACACUUAAAAUCCGCAAACCGCUCUAAACAUCAAAACCGAAAAACCGAACCUUUUUGGCCCAAAAACCGAAAAAUCGAUGCAAAAACAAUCAAAACCGAAAAUCCCAAAGCCCCCCUCUAUAAGCUAGUAGAUCCACUUGUAACAUAAAAAGGUACAACUUCUGAUCUGACGAAAGGGUUCAAUUAAACAUGAAUACUUCUCA